UGGGUAUAUUGGGAGGAUUAAUAACUGGGCUGUUUUGGUUAGACCAAGUGAAGGGAGAGAUAUUGUGAGGAAUCACUUUGAUACAGUUAGCUUCUGCCGGAUUUCAUGUAAUAGUGGCGUAUUUAUCACUGGGGAUUUUGCAUCAUGCUCCUUUUGAAAAAAAAAAGAAAGACGAAACCUCAGAAAAUUCCAGAGAUCAUUCUCAAAAAGUCUCUUUUGAAUUUACGAAUUGAACGAAGAGAAGGAAAGUAUAACAAUGGAGAGAGACCGUUGCCAAUACCCGUCAGUCUGGAUUGGCACGAGAUCCAGGAGUACGAACAAGCAUUCAAAGACUUCGAUCAAAAUGGAGAUGGUAUCAUCACAGUUGACGAACUUCCAGACGUAUUAGACAGCAUUGGUCUGAAACCAAGCCCCGAAGAAGUAGAGGUAAUGGUAUCCAAAGUUGAUAUUAAUAAUGACGGUAUCAUUGACAUAUGCGAGUUUAUCAGAAUGAUGAGUCUUCAGCAGAAUCCACUUAUUACCCCAGAGUCUCAACUUGAAGAUAUCUUCCGCAUCUUUGACAAAGGCCAUAGUGGCUUUAUCACUAGGGACGUUUUGAGGCAGGUGAUGCUUAGCCUGGCCCACCCUGUAUCAGAGGAGGGUCUGGACGAUCUCAUGAAACGAGGAGACAGACGGGGAGAGGGCCGACUGACCAGAUCAGACUUUAUCAGGAUGAUGAUGAACAGAUGCAAGGAGAAUUAGUGUAGCUCAACUUUAAGAGAAAUGAUACGUUGGAGCUUCUUCUGAGGUCGAUACUUGUAACAAUGUUGAACAGUGCACUGAGUGCAGAAUAAAUAGCUUCUCUCGUGAUGCAGACAGUUGGAAACAUAAUCAUCAUUUAUCAUGAUUCAGCGCUGUUUCUCUUGUUAUGGAUGUGUUACCGAAGACUUAGAGCACUUACAGAAGAUAUUGUCAAAUUUGGACGACCUCAUCCACUAUUUUGACGACCCCAUUUUGACGAUAUCGUUUCGACUGGAACCGGAACCGGAAGCAACAGCAUAUCAGUUCAUGUUAUUGAUUAUUUGUUUAACUUUAAUCAAUUUCAUCGGGCUCUUCUUUGCAAAAGAUGAACUGUGAAUUUAAUGAUUAAAUCGAAGGAAAGAUAUCGGUCUUGGAUUUACGAUGCUUGCAAUU